GGCUGCGGACCAGUCGCGUCGGGGAAGCAGCCCGGAGCCGGGCUCACCUGGGCGGAGCCGAGCCGAGCCGGGCGCGCCGCGCCGAGCGAAACCUCCACAAUGUGGAGAGGCCUGGCACUUGCCCUGGCUCUCUGUCUCCUCCCCUAUGGAGGAACAGAGAGCCAGGCACAAAGUGCCCGGUGCAAAGAACCUCCAAAAUGGCACAUAAGAGAUCAAGAUCCAAUGCUGAAUUCUCUGGGUAGAGUGACUGUGCUUGCCCUCCUCCAAGCCAGCUGAUACUUGUGCAUUCUGCAGGCCUCCAGAUUGGAAGACCUGCGAGUGAAAUUGGAAAGAGAAGGAUUUUCCAAUAUUUCAUAUAUUGUUGUCAACCAUCAAGGAAACCCAUCUCAAUUAAAUUUCAAAGAGCUAAAAGAUAAAGUUUCAGAGAAUAUUACUGUUUAUCAACAAGAAGUAAACCAACAAGAUGUCUGGACUAUGUUAAACGGCAGCAAGGAUGACUUUCUCAUAUAUGACAGAUGUGGUCGUCUUGUUUAUCAUCUUGGUUUGCCUUACACCUUUCUGACUUUCUCUUAUGUGGAAGAAGCCAUUAAAAUUGCUUAUUGUGAAAAAAGCUGUGGAAACUGCUCAUACACGACCCUAGAUGAUGAAAGUUUCUGUAAGAAUGCAUCUUUGGUCCCUGAAGAAGAACCAACUAGGACCCCUACGUCCCAUCCCCCCCAUCAUCACCCCCGCCAUCACCAUGACCACCAUCAUCACCACCAUCACCAGCAUCACAGGCAUGGGCAUCAGCCUGCAGAGAAUAAGAAACCAGAAGAUUCUGAGACAGCUGCUGAUGUUCACUCUGCGCAAGGUCUGCAUCAUCACCAUGAGCCUACACACCAGCAGCACAGGCACACAGAUCACCCCGGGAACCAAGAAAAUCCAGAUGGCGGAGCUCUGCAGCUUUCGGCUCCAAGAAAGAAACUCUGACGAAAGGGAGGUUCUGGCUGUGCAAACCAUCUACUCUGAAAUUUGUCCCAAAGUUCAGAGUCGGCUCCUAGGAGCUGAUGCUGACAUUGUCGACAUUUGAUAUUUGAACAUUUAGGCAAUUCAGUCACCUGACAUUGUAAAGGCACUACACUUCCUUCCUCAUGUAGCUGACAGGGGCAACGGGCAGAGGAGAACAUCACUGAAUCAUGACAGUGACGUUUACCUCCAGCUGCCUGAUAUCCUAGUCAGCAGCUUGAGCCCACAGAAGCCAGCAGUGCUUGAAAAUGAAAAAAUAAGGCAGGAAGAUGAAAAUGAUCUACAAAUUAAAGUUUUUAAAUAUGAAAAAAAAACCCUCCAAAUUUGGACAUGCCAUUAGUUGGUAGUAAAGAUAAAUUAAAAAAAAAAUUUAAUAUUUGUUCAUUUCACAAGAUACCCAAUUAAUAAAAAGUGAUCCUAAAUUAGAAUUGAAUUUGUGUAAAGAUAUGAAAAUCAGAACUUAAACAUUUAAGUGACUAUUAUAUUGGCUUCCAAAAUAAGAACUUCCUGCCAAAGAAAUUGUGAAUCAAAACAUAUUAUUUUAGUGCCAAACAAAAGGUGACUACAGAAUCUGGUUAAUAUGUCUUUCUUGUUUCUCUUCCUGUGUUCUGUUUGCAUUAAUGAGGAUAGAAGCGUAAACUAUAACUUAGGGGCUUCUGUUGGAUUGUUUGCAAUUCAGAAUGGAAGAAAAACAAAAAAAACAUAAUUACCUUAUUUUAUAUUACUUUUCUCUUUAGAUAUCUUUUUAAUGCUACUUUUUCUAAGCUGAGAAAUUAAAGAAUAAUACCUCAUAGUCUGAAGUGCUAGAACAUAAUGCAUAUUAACUUUGCUUUAAAAAAGCACAUGAAACAUAUUACUUUUUAAAAUAGCUUUUUAUUGUGCAUUUUUGUAGUUUAACUCAUCUAUUUGAUUUUGGAGAGUUAGAUAUAGGGAUAAAACUUUUACAAUGUCUUGUUUUCUUUAUUUAGCACUGAAUCAUAUUGUCUAAACAUUUGAGAGUGUUUCUCUAGAAAGGUCUGGAAAUGAAAGAAUAAAAGACUGGUGUCUCAUAAACAGGUUGCUUAGAAAGUGUUACCAUAGUCAAUGAUGGUUCAAUAGGUCAACUUACUCCUAUGGACCUGAACUCUUUUAUGGUUAAUAUUAAUAAGCAGAAUGUCAACUAGAAUUUGAAAACAGGAUAAAUGUGUGGGAUUAUUAAAAAAAAAAAAGAUUAACACACUCUCAAUAAAACAAAGUUUAACCUUUU